AUGUUCUAUCCUCUCUACCCGAUCGGUAUCGGGGCUGAAUGGUGGUUACUGUACCGGGCUAUUGCUCCCGGAGCCAAGAUCAGCCCGGUGAUACCACCCAUCUUCUACUUCUGCCUGCUGCUCUACAUCCCAGGCUCUUAUACAAUGUACACGUACAUGAUCAAGCAAAGAAGGAAGACGCUCAAUACAGCACGCAAGACUCAGUGA